AUGACCUCAAAUGAUCAGUUGGCUGCUGUUGAAGUUUUGUGUGAAUUUUUCGAAAUAGCUAUUCACAAUAUACUCUACGCUAGGAAAUUGUAUCCAGACGCUGUAUUCGAAUCCAGAAAGAAAUAUGGUGUUGUCGUGUAUCAAGCUGUACAUCCCGGUAUACAGAAUUAUAUACAGAACUGUUUGAAAGCUGUAGCAUUUCAUUGUAAAAAGAGACAAUUACAAAGAUUGUAUGUUUGUUUUGAAUCUGAUGAAAUAGUGAGGGAACGAUUUGUUUUUGAUGUUUUGGGUGUUACAGAAUUAUACGAUAGUGAUCCAUUUUUUGUUGAACUUGAACAAUAUUUUAGAAGCUUUAUUCUAAAACUACAUUCAUCUCAAAUUUAUUUACCGGACCUGCCAACCGAUUCUUCAUUUAGUAUCAGACUACAAACCAGUUUUAACUUAAGUGUAGAAUUUAAUGAAAACCCUUCAUUUGAGGAAUUUCCUUGGGUUGAAGAAAGCAAAUCUGAUAUUAUAUCUGAAGAUAGACUGUCUAUAAUACCAGUGUAUACUGUAGAUACACAGUGUUUGAAAAUACAAAUACUUAUAGAAACACCUCAAUUACCUUAG